UGAGUAUAUCCAAUUCAUCGAGGUAGUUAUCAACAAUGACCGUUCACUAAUAACCCUUAUUAUUAGUCAAGUAGAGAACACCGUCAUAUACCGACUUGAUAGUAGCAUUUAAUCUCUUAACUCCUUGAUGAAAUCAAUUGAGAUUGAUAACCUCAACACAACAGUUUUUGUGUAACCAACAAAAUUAAUCCCUCUUAAGUUUAUCAACCACGAUCGUGCAUUAAUAAAACGAAGUUACUUACUUGUGAAACCAUCAACGAUUAACCAUCGAUUCAUCGAUCGUUUCUAGUAAUAAUUAAUAUAUGAAACAAAACUAGUUGAUCCUUUAAAUAAUGUUUCAAAAUAUUAAUAUGAAAUAUGAAUAGGAAUUAAUUUAUAUUCAAGGAAGAAUAUUAUUAAAGGUGAUGAAUCCUACUAUAAUUAAUAUCAAGAUGUUAACUAAUUGUCAUCUUAGCAACACUCCCCAACAUUAAUAUAGAGGAAGAAAAUACUACUCUAACUAAUGUCAAGAUGUUAACUAAUUGUCAUCUUAGUAACACUCCCCAACAUUAAUAUAGAGAUAAUAUUAAGGAAAGAACUAAUAAUUAAUAUUCAAGAGAAGAAGUUAAUAAAAUAACUCAGAACUUUAAAAUUCCUGCCUUGUUUGCUUACGGGGCAUUGAUGCGGUCAUUUGUCCAUUCCAAUUUCCAACCGACCGCUCAGAGCUUUAAAAUUGUAUGCUGAAAUGUUGGAGGCCCGGUUUAGCCCAAACAGCUACGCGUUUUCCUCGAUCGUUAAAAGUUGUACUUUACUCUGUGCUUCAGAGGUGGGAGAAUCUGUUCACGGACAGGUUUGCAAACAUGGGUUCGAAUCACAUGUUCAUGUCUUGACAUGUUUGGUGGAUUUCUAUUCAAAUCUUGGCAAGGUGUCUGAAUCCAGGUUACUGUUUGAUGGAAUUCCUGAAAGAGGGAAAGAUAGUGUUUUGUGGAGUGCAAUGGUUUCAGCCCUUUUGCCUGAGGGGGAUAUGAGUUCCGCCAGGGAGGUGUAUGAUAAAAUGCCUGAGAAAAAUACUGCUUCUUCGAACACCAUGAUUCACGGCUAUGCUAGUGUUGGUGAUGUGGAAUCUGCUGAACUGUUGUUGAAUAAGAGGCCGGAGAAGAAUUUGAUCGCAUGGACUACAAUGAUCAAGUGAUAUAGUCAUAACAAGAUGCAUAUGAAAUCUUUAGAACUUUUUGAGGAUAUGAACAAACAAGGGAUUAAACCGGAUGAAGUGACCAUGACAACUAUCGUUUCAGCUUGUGCCCAUAUUGGAUUCCUGGAUUAUGGCAGGGAAAUGCAUCUAUAUAUCACCCAAAAUGGGUUUGAUCUUGACUCUUAUAUCGGGUCUGCUUUAGAAGACAUGUAUGCAAAGUGUGGGAGCUUGGAGAGGUCACUAGUGGUCUUCUUGAAGCUGAAGGAAAAGAAUCUUUUCUGUUGGAACUCUGUGAUUGAUGGGCUUGCAGUUCAUGGCUAUGUUUGAUAGGAUGGAGAAAGAAAACAUAAGGCCAAAUGGUGUUACAUUUGUAAGUGUUCUUUCAGCUUGUUGUCACGCUGGAUUGGUUUAAGAGGGUCGAAGGCGGUUCUUUGACAUGACCUUUGAAUAUAAAAUUCUUCCAAAAGUGGAACACUGUGGUUGCAUGGUGGAUCUUUUAUGUAAGUCUGGACGUCUGGUUUGUUAGAAGAGGCCUUCGAAGUAAUAAAGAGAAUGCCAAUGGAACCUAAUGCUGUUAUUUGGGGUGCUUUACUGGGUGGUUGCAGGACCCAUAAGAACUCUGACAUUGCCAGAAUUGCCCUUGACAAUUUGACCAUCUUGGAACCAAACAGUACUGGAAAUUACGCCCUUCUACUUGGUAUGUAUGCUGAAGCAAAUACAUGGCGUGAAGUGUCAAGGAUCAGAGCGGAUUUGAAGGCAUCUGGUGUUGAAAAGGAGUUUCCAGGAUCAAGUUGGAUUGAAGUGGAAAAGACAGUUCAUCAAUUUUCUGCCUGCAUUAAUUGUCAUCCGGCUUCCCAAGAAAUUUACUCUUUACCGGAUGAAUUAAGACCAACUCCAACAAGCACCAUUUAUCACACCAAAAUGGUGUAUUUCCCAAAAAAUUGCUCCAACAACCACUCCAUUUUCAACACCAUUACACCAAAAUGGGGGAGAGGGGGAGAGUUCACACCAAAUAUGGCGCACACCAAAUGUUCCACCAUUUUUUGUUUUAAUUUUUUUUUAUUUCAAAAGUGACCCAAAGUUUUGAUUGUUAUAGUUUUGACCCAUUUUUAAAACAACAAAUUAGGAUGUUUUUACUUGGACUGAAAUUGCUGGUCUGCUCUAGGCUGGUAUGAUUUGAUUUGAUCUGAACUGAUGUGGUCAGGUCUGAUUUCUUUAUAUUUUUAUAACUACUCAAGUUUGGUC